GUUCAUGGCAUGAAUAAUGAUGGUUCAUUGUGUCGCGCGUCAACGGACUUGAUUAAUUUUUCGUAAUAUAAUUACGCUCGCGACCAUUUCGUUCCGUUUUAAAUGUAAAUAAUGAUUGUAUAGUGCCGUUUCUCCGUUCUGUUGAAAAUAUUCGAUCCACGAUGCCUUGACGAACGGUAUAUCAUCACUGGAUCAAACUAAGUCAAGUUCAUAAACAAGUUGUCUUCCAUUUGACAGGGGUACCCUAAACAAAAGUAUCGGAAAACCGUGCCAGAAUGUCUGCCACGGAAACUACUGUGAUUUUCGCAAAGUUGGAAGCUUUGAAGGACAUCAAAUCGAAAACCCUCCAAUUGGAAAAAAUGAAACAACGAAUCUUGCAAGAAGUGGAACAAACUGAGCAAGAAGAGAAAUGUCUAUUAGAAUAUAAGCAGGAAAUGGACCUUCUUAUGCAAGAGAAAAUGGCACAUGUGGAGGAAUUACGGCAAAUACAUGCUGACAUUAAUGCGAUGGAAGCAGUCAUUAAGCAGGCAGAAGAAGCCAGAAACAAAGCCAGGGAGACUGCAAAAUUGAUUCAUAAUAAUGAUUAUCAACCCUUGAAGCAUGAUAUUGACCGUAUGCGCAGAGAAUUCCUAGGACUGGAAAGGCUACCAGAGCUGUAUGAAACAGAAUCUGAUCUCAUUUCACCAGAAUGGUUUGUUCGCAGUUACUUUGACCGUCCUAUGCAGAAGGCAGAAUGGAGAGUAGAAGUGCGGGGUGAAGAUCUAUUACCUCCACUCACUUUACACCAUCCUGGUCAUCCAGGUGGUUCCGCACCUUUCCUUACCCCUCAACCUCUUCAAGGUCCAAGUAAACCAGAACCAAGACCAUUACCCCCAGCACCAGGUCCACCUGCUGCAACAUUCAGGUACCACUGGCAACAACCGCCACCCAUGAAGUCGUGUUUAUCGUGUCAUCAACAAAUUCAUAGAAACGCCCCCAUUUGUCCCCUUUGUAAAGCUAAAUCUCGAUCACGCAAUCCUAAAAAGCCAAAGAAGAAAGACUAACUUUAAAGUGUAAGUGUUAUUUAAAUAAGAUAUCUGCAUUCGUGUCAUUUAGUUUUAAGGUAUGCCUUAACAAUUCUUUUCGUUCGUUAAUUACAACGAUCUCGCAAUCUCGUAGUCCUGCGGAAGCAUGCACCAACACAGUGUAUGCAUUUACAAAUUCGUUGUGUAGCUCUUCCAUGAAACUUUAUUGUAAUCUUUUUUUACAAUAUUUAAUAAGCAGUGUAGACAGAUAAAAGUGAUAAACGAUUGACACCUUUAAUAAUAGAUAUUAAUAAACUGGAUAUGUUAUGUGACUUUUUUAAAUAUGUGCUUUGAAAUUGUAUAAUCAUUCAAAACAAUCAAAAUAUAACAGUCCUUUUCUUAAA